AUGGCCCCACCGUUGAAUAUGCUGAAAACGGAUCCACCGGAUGGCACGCGACGGCAAGCCCUGCUGAGUCGGUCAGACGCGCUGCGCAUCGUUGAUUUUGGUGCGGCUGGUGCGUUCUAUGCUUAUUCAGAGAAUCAAAACUUUCACGUGAAGGGCUCGCUGGAGGGGGCUGGAUGGAAGAUAAUUGCCUCGAUGCCGGACCUGCAUGACAAGUUGGAGCGUGUGCAUGGCUACAUAGCCAGGCGUGACGGGCUGCUGAUGGUGGCAUGGCCCGGCUCAGAAUCGUGGAGCGAAGCACUCAAUUUGCGGCUUCCUUUCCUGAAAGCAGCAGAAGAGAAGGCUUCAUUUUGUGAAGCGAUCCUAACGCAGCACCUUUGUAACGGGGAUCGAAAAGAUGAAGAUCCUGUGCACACUGUGCUGUUUGUUGGCCACGGCGACGGUGGGAUAAUUGCCACCUUAAGUCUUGAGUUUGCAGUGAAGUUGGGCAUGAAGCAGAACAUGUAUCUGAUCACCUUCGGGGCUCCCCAAGCACUGGAUGGGGCUCGUGCAGAGGCGCUUGAGGGUCAAGUGACGAAGGAAAGCAUCGUGAGGUUUUCUGUAGGGUUAGAUGUCAACACGUGGUUUCCACAGUGUGGGCAGCCAGAAUUUGGGACUGUAGUCAGUCUUUCGUCCUUGCAGCGGCUUUCGGACGCAAUCAGCUGCCGUGUCAGUGCAUACAAAGCUGGCGGCGCACGGGAGCUGUGUAAGGAUCUACAUCAAGCAGGCCAGUUGCUUUGCUACGUUUUCGGCGUUAUUCAUCCGGGAUUGAUAGCAUCAGGAAAAUCAGUUCUGUCUCUGCUGCAUGAUUGCGAGCUGUACUGCAGAUUUGCAUCUGCUGCGUUGCAGUGGCAGGAAGCUGCAGCUGUUUACAAAGGUGAGCCGCUUGAUGAAGACCAGCGAAAUCAGGUUAAAAGUGCAAUUGAAGCUGUGCUGAGCGCUGCAAAGCCACUGGUGCCCAUGGAGAGCGAGACAAGUAUGAAGGGCGUCAUGAAUUCCCUGCACAGAAUGAACCGUUCAAAGGAAUCAUGCGAAGAUCUGUGGAAGAAGCUCGAAGAAGAACGCGUCGAGGUCGACGUCGCAUGCAGACGAACAGAUGCCAAGUGCAAUGUCGACAGGGUAGUGGAGUCCAUGUCACCGGGGUCGUCCGUCAAGAAGAUAGCAACCGCAUCUUCAAGUUCUCAGAAGGUCAGCAGCAAGUCCAUGUUUGCAUGGAUGACUUGUUUUUUUGCCAAGCAGGAUGACCUCGUAUCAGUGACAAACGACUUGGGUUCAAUUCGAAAAAUGAUAGAUUGGGGCAAGGAGUAUGAAAGUGUUCAAGCUUAUCAAUUGCUGAGCGAAAGUGGUGCCUCCAUUACCUUGGAGGAAGAUCAGCCGAGUGCACGUGCAAGUGAUGCAACUACGGACACGACGGACACUGCAUCCAAUGAAGCUCGUUUCGACAAGAGGCAAGGGAUGCAGGAUGUGCGUGCUGCAUUCAGUGAAGUUGAAUCAAGACUGAGUCCAAUGAUUGACAAAGCUGUUGAGAACGGUGACGCGCAUGUCUUGCAGAGAUUUUUGGAUGUUGCACAAGAGCUUGGUAUAGAUGACCGGGUGGUGCAGCGGGCCAGAGCUUCACUUGCGCUGUUGAAGGGUGAGCUGCUCAUGUCUCUUUAUUGGGACGAGCUGUGCGACCUCGACCUGCAUGUCUACACACCUGACAAGAAAGUGCACACUUACCGAAACAUCAGGCAAGGUGGACCUGACUCAUACUUUUUGUGUUCGGUCGGAGAGGUCGUGCCACAUGGCAAGUACGAGAUCAGAGUGAGAUAUGUUCAAGCUAUGCAGGCUUCUCAUAAGACGCCUUUCCGGGUGAAGGCCCAUUCCACCAUCCGGGACUUUGGCAUCUCUGGCCGCUUCAGCGGGUGGAUGCGGGAGCCGACGAAACCAAAGAGCUACCUGAACGAUCCAGUGGUCGGGAUCAGCAACGCCGACGUACGCCGAGCCCGAAACGACGAGGACGACUUGGAUUCUUGCUCUCCAGGCACGCGAAGACAGUUGGGCCCUGGCAUCUACCACCCGACGGAGGAUCCCGACAGCAUCAAGAACUACAGCAACGUGGUGGAUAACCGGUGGGUGCACGAGCAGGCGAACCUCCCGAAGCUGCUCCAAGAGGGCCCCCCUCUGGUUCCAGAUGACGAGGCAAGCACCGAGGAAGGCAGUUCCUCCACAGAAGAAGGUCAUACUGCAGCCGGAGAGGCGGAGAGCCCAGACGGCCCUGAGUCCCCCCCAGUGUCCUACGAGGACACCCUUCUCAUCUUCGACUGGGACGACACGGUUCUCCCCUCUUCUUGGGUGCAGAGCCAAGGCUUACGCCUUGACGAGAGUUCUGAAGUCAUGCCCCACCAUAGGAAGCAGCUUUUCGAGGUAGCCACGGCUGCGGCGGAGACGCUGCGAUUGGCCAAGCAGCUCGGAACCGUCGUGAUCAUCACGAACGCAGAAAGAGGAUGGAUCGAGCUUAGCUGCCAGAAGUUCCUGCCCACACUCUACCCUGCUCUUGAGAGCGUGAAGGUGCUCUCUGCGAGAACCACCUACGAGAGCAGCACUUUGGCGUCGCCACUGGAGUGGAAGGUGCGAGCCUUCGCGGCCGAGAUUGAGCGCGUCUAUGGCCGGAAGGGCCUUACCCAGCCGCACAG